UUCAAGAUGGAUUGUGAAAAUCUUGUAUUACUAGGUACCCUGAGGAGUUUAAAAUUACUUGGAGUAUUUCUUGGCAACCCAGGAAAGGACUCACAUCUCUUGUUGAAAUACAUUUUGAUGACGCCUUUGUUUUACAUCUCACAUGUAACAUUAUUUUACGAUUUAGUCUAUAGAAUUAAAAAUGGAAUUCCUUUGGACGUAGAACUGUGCGCCACUAUGUGUUCUGCCCUAGUAGCUAACUAUAUGCUUAUUGUCUUUUUGUUUAAUAUUGAUUCAGUCAUGUCUAUAUGCCAUCAUCUGUCCAGUACAGAAGAAUUCCCUUUACCACCUGACUUUAUACCAACCAGGGAUAGAGUGGAGAAAUUUGCACACAUUUAUAGGAUAUAUAUAUGUGUGUCUAGUGUGAUAUAUAGUUCCUCAAAAGCAAUAUUAACAAACCCAUGUCAAAUCACAAAAGCAGCUCUAAAUGUGGAACGUGAUUGUGCCCUUUAUUUGCCUACAUUUUUUCCCUUUAAGAUAGAAUAUUUUCCCGUAUAUCAAUUAGUAUUUUUGGUGCAAGGUUGUUCGUUAUUACAUAUUCUUAUUGGGGCUUCUUACGUAGCGUUAUUGUCUUACGAAAUAAUUUCGUAUCUUGGAAAUAGAAUGAAUCAUUUGUGUCUCAUAUUAGAAACCAUUUCAACUGAAAAAGACGAAAAACUACAGAAAGAAACAAUAAAAUUUUGUGUUCGCUAUCAUGAGUUUAUCAUUAGGAUAUCAACGGAUACAUCAAGUCUAUAUAAUAAAAUUUUUGCGAUUCACGCAAUUGCUGCAGCUUUAGUGUUUGCUGGGCUAUCAAAACAAGCUUUGAAUGAUUUAAAUGCAGCGCUCCAUCUGAUCGGUUGGAUUGGUUGCAUAUUUUUAGUCUGUCACACUGGACAAAACCUGAUUCACGUGAGCGAGAAUUUAGGAGAAAAGAUUAUGUUUAUGUGCAAAUGGUAUAAAUUGAAUUCCUCACUUCAGAAAGAUUUGCAGUUAAUUUUAUUGCGUUCACAACGACCAUUAACUUUGCCUGCUGGACCGUUUGCAACUUUAAAUUAUGAAUUAUUCAUAAAGGUUAUAAAAACAGCCUAUUCAUAUUUUACCUUCAUUGCAAAUACUUAGGAUAUUAUUUAGAAAAUAAAAAUAUAAUUUAUAUAUACACUUCACUGAAAUCACUUAGAUAGACUUUUUCUGUACUUGUAGAUACAAAAUAUAAUAUUACAUUGUAUUUUUCCAUAAUUAUAUAUACUAUUAUAAAAAUA